UUGGCGUGGGAGUAUGCCAUACUGAUCCUCAUUGAGAUUCUGUCUAUUGUGGACUCGCAGCGUAUGGCUAGGUUGCAGUACACAUUCUACGACGACAAGUACAAUGUCUUGAACUUUAUCGCCUCCUCUGAUCCUAUCCGAAUGGAUACUCCUUCUAUGCACCUUAUGGACGCCUUGACAAACUUCUUUCUUCAAUCGGAGCACAUGCAGCAUUUCAUUUUGGGGACGCCCAGUUUGCGAAGCAAGUUCUACAAGCUGAUCGACCAUGUGCUGCGCACACUGCCCUCCCAGCAUUACACGUCUGCGUACCGCACUUCUGCCAAAGUUGUAGCCUACACAAAGGCUCUGCAGGAGGCCCAUGCUUUGAUUGUGUCUUCUCUGCAGACUACCGACAUCGAUCAGACUGGUGACACAGACGACGUGGACUCCUGCGAAGGUCCGGUUGAGGAUGAAGAUGGUUCAGACGUCGAAAGGGGUGAGGAGGCAGGCGAAGAAGAGGAGGCGGAGGAAGAACAAGAAGCAGAAGAAGAAGAGGAGGAGGAGGAAGAAGAAGAGAAACACAAUGAAGAGGUGACAGGUGUUGCAGACCAGAUGAAGGCAUUUUCCCGUGACAACUCUCCUGUGCUCGACAGGAAAACCUGCCCGCUAUCGCGGAUGCAAGUUCCCGAGAAAAAUGAGAAGCUUCCAGGGGUGGAUGAGGCGGUACCUAAGCCCCAGCCCAGCAGCGACAGUUGA